AUGGCAGGUCCUCUUAAUUGCACACUGGCUCCCAGUGAGACUAGCACCGACGCGGGCGUUGCAGGCGCAGGAGUCCUCCUCUCCUUCAUCAUUACAGCCGGCCUGUCCCUAUUAUUGAGUGGGAUCAUCAUCCUACGCGAAGUCCACUGGCAAUCCGAAGCAAAAGUAAUCCGGAAGCUGCUCCUCUCCUUCAGCGAUCAGCAAAUCCUCACCGGAAUCGGUAUCCAAAGCGUUGGGCUUGCAAAGAUGCACUCCAUGGUUCCCUACCACUUCUUCAUCAUCUGGAUGCUGUCGUUGCUCUCGACGGCUACCCAUAUUGGCACGCUGUUGGCCCUGGUCAAUGAUUUUAAGCGCGACUGGGUAUUGCGGUGGCUGCGUCAGUUCUUCAUGUUCGUGAAUCUCGUCCUCUCCUGCAUCUCGGGUGUUUUCGUCCUCAUGGCUGUAAUGAGGAGUUUCCCAGCGACCCUGCCAAUUGCGUGUGUCUGGCAAGUUCCAUCCAAGGACGCCCCGUCGAACGCUGCUAUUUCUAUCGCUGGAACAAUCGCAGUCAUGGCUGGGCAGUGCAUAUUGUUUGUGCUUGGUGUGUGGUACCUGCAUGUCAAGGAACGCAAGUGGUUGAAACUAAUUCAAAUCGUUGGCCUGCUUGUAAUUGUCGGGAUCGGUGCUGGGGCGGCUGUUCGAGUCGUUCUACUGUCUCAGGCAUUUGGAUCUCCUUCCGUUCCCCUCCGGGAUACAGGCGAGAAGGAAUGGAGUUUUGGACAGCUCCUCCCCCUUCUACUACUUCUGCUGCCACUGGUCUCUGCGGUCGAGAUAAGUCGCGGAGAAAUGAAGGUUCCAUCUCCAGUUGCAGAUGAUCAGCUUCCUCUCGUAGAUAGAGACCAAAAGCAAAGCUCCGAUGUUCGUGCCUCGUUCCAGCCCAACCCUUUCUGGGGUUCGCAGUAUUCUGGAUAUAGAAUUGCCACUGACAAAGCAAAUGGUCACGGUUUAGUGACAGAGAGUCACACAAGUGCUCUAAGCAGAGUCAAGCUAUUCCAUAUACCAUUGUUAAAGGGAUAUUGA